GUGAAGGCUUCCAUCAUGCACCUCACUCUGGUCCUCAUCCUGCCGCUGCUGGGAUUCAGUCCUGCUCAGAGUCGCUCUGUAAAGGUAUUCAUUCAGGAAGAGACUGAUAACGGCAUUGAGAAUGAAGACUUGUCAGUAACUUCUAUAAUUGAAAGAGCAAACAAGAACGCAGGACAGGCACCGGAUGAACCCAAGGUCAUGUUUGGCGACAUUGCCACAUAUACCGGCUUUCAGAAUGCAGACCCAUGUACAUCUCGUGGGUGCAAGUGGCUCAAAGACAGAAACGGAAAGGUCUAUGUGCCCUACGUCAUUUCUAACCAGUACUCAUCCCGGGAAAUAAGCAUUAUUCAGAAUGCUUUGAUGUCCUUUGAGAAAUACACCUGCAUUAGAUUCAGGCCUCGUCGCAGACAACGAGACUAUGUUCAUAUUCAGUCUCUUUCAGGGUGCUACUCGUUUGUGGGUAGAAGUGGUGGAGGGCAGGUUGUGUCUCUAAAUCGCAGAGGAUGUAUCUAUUACGGUGUCAUCCAGCAUGAGCUCCUCCAUGCUCUGGGCUUCAACCACGAGCAGACCCGCAGUGACCGUGACCAGCAUGUCCGGAUCCUCUUCCAAAACAUCAUUCCUGGACAGGAGUAUAACUUCAGGAAAAUCCAAACAAACAACCUGCACACCCCAUAUGACUACAGCUCUGUCAUGCACUAUGGAAGGUAUGCUUUCUCCAGGAACAGGCAGCCAACCAUCCUCCCCAUACCAGACCCUAAUGUUGCUAUUGGACAAGCCACUAUGAUGAGCCGUAUGGACAUCCUACGCAUUAAUAGACUCUAUUGUCAAUAACUAAGUUUCUUUUUGAGUGGAGUAUGAGGAGUGCUACAUGUUGAGCCAUCCAGAGUCAGUUUUUUUCAGUAUUGUUCAGUUACUUAAAAC